AUGUCAAAAGCCUAUGACAGGGUGGAGUGGGGAUAUUUGAAGGAAAUGAUGAUCAAAUUGGGAUUCUGUGAAAAAUGGAUCAGCUGGAUCAUGGAGUGCAUCACAACAGCUACUUUCUCUUUCAAUAUAAAUGGGGAAGCAAGAGGAUAUGUGAUACCUUCUAGGGGGAUUAGGCAAGCUGAGAGUAACCAGAAGCUGACAGGAAUGAAAAUUAGUAGAAGUGGACCAGCAAUCAGUCAUCUUUUCUUUGCAGAUGACUCCCUGAUUUUUUGCAAAGCUGAUACAAGUCAAGCUGAAGAGGUGCUGAGGAUAUUGGAAAAAUAUGAAAAAGGCUCGGGACAAAUGAUAAAUAUGGACAAGUCUUCAGUGUUCUUUAGUAAGAAUGUGACACAAGAAGAUCAAGAAGAAAUCUGCAGCAGACUAGGAAAUAUAAGAAUGGUGCAUCAAGGAAAGUAUCUGGGAUUGCCAAUGGUAAUAACCAGAACCAAGGAACAAAUAUUUGGCUAUAUCAGAGACAAAUGCCAGAAAACGGUCUCUAACUGGUGCAACAAGAAGCUUAGCCAAGCAGGAAAAGAGGUGUUAUUGAAAGCAAUCACUAUGGCCAUGCCAACCUAUGCAAUGUCUUGCUUCAAGCUUCCAGUGAAAUUGUGUAAGGAUAUACAUGCCUUAAUGGCAAAAUUCUGGUGGGGGGAUAAUGAAAAAAGAAAAGUACACUGGUGCUCAUGGAAAAAGAUGGCAGCUGGGAAGAACAGAGGAGGACUAGGAUUCAAAGACUUACAAGCUUUCAACAAAGCCUUGUUGGGUAAACAAAUCUGGAGGCUUCUCACGAGUCCAAACCUGCUGAUGAGCAAGGUGUUGAAAGCAAAGAUCUUUAACACAAGAGAAGCUGGACAGAUACUUAACACUCCUGUUAGCCUAACUGGUCGACCUGACUGCUACUCCUCGAGUUAUAGCACCAAUGGCCAAUACACAGUUAGGUCAGCGUAUGAGGCAAUUACAAGGGAGGGUAAGCAGCAGGAAUCCAAUGGGAGACUGAAGGGGAGACAAGCUGGGAAGGAGGGAGUGAGAAAGUCUGGAAACAGCUAUGGAAGUUGA